AUGUCUACAAAAGCACCUCAAGUGUCGUCCCGUCGGACAAAUGGGGCGGCUAACACUGCCGGCCAAGGAAACGAGUCCGGAAAAGGCAAAGUUGGCCGGGAAGGCGGCAAUUCUAGGCUGAAGAAACGCCGCGGUCAAGGAGAGAAGAAGAAUGAUAAUGUCAAGGGGCGGGACACUGAGGCACAAAAACCGCCACGCCAAAGGCAACAGAAUGAGGGGGUGAAGCUCAUUCUCCGCCGGCUCCCUCCUGGAAUGACUGAAGCUGAAUGCGUAGCCAUCUUAAGCGACGCAUGGACACUGGGAAAAGGCAAAGUCGAUUGGUUUUCGUUCAUUCCGGGCAAGAUCUCUACUGAAGCAUAUAUCCAUCUCGUAAGAAAGGACGACACGUUGGCAUUGAGUGAGACUGUCAGAGCUGCGACAUGGGAAGACGCCAAGAAUAGCUUUACUAGUCCAGCACUUGUUGGGCCACCGUGUCUGGAACUGUCGGCUUAUAAGAAGGUGCCUAGCAGUAAGAAGCGCACCGAUACCCGCCAAGGAACAAUAGAUCAAGACCCCGAAUUCAUGGCCUUUCUCGAGGGACUCGCUAACCCAGCGCCGCUACGCGAAAGUGCUGAUCUGGAGGAUGGCGAUGAUGCCAACAAGGGUGAAAGUAAAGUCACAACUACGCCACUGGUUGAGUACUUGAAAGAGAAGAAGGCCAAUAAAUCGAAAGAUUCGAGUUCUGGCAAGAAACGUGGCGACGGAAGAAACAAGUCCAAGGAAGACGAGCCUUCAAAGAAGAAGGGCCGUGAAUCAAGAGCCGAAAGAACCGAAAGGGCAGAGAAGGGGUCGAAAACGACGGUCAAAAUCCUUACAAAAAAGGCUGCAACUGAACAAGCCGUGGACGCUGCGAAAAUCGCCGCGAAGGCAAUCAACACCACCCUCGCCCAAGACGUGCCGAAAAGCAGGCGUGCCGGAAUUGCUACGGCUGCUCGCAUCCUCCAGCGCGACUUGGGUCUCAGUCCGGGAUCUGCGCAUCGUAGAGCGCGACAAGAUGCAGCCAAGGCAGAUGCUAAACCGAAGGACGUUGGUCAGAUUGAAGAAGCGCAAAAUGCUAGUCAACCAGCAGAGCCCGCCACGAGUAACGAAGGGAAAGGAAAGAUCAAUGGUACAACUGGCAAGUCUCAAGCUGGUAGAAGAGGCCGGGACGCUAGAAACGGAGCCAAGGGCACCGCUGCCGUGGAAGCUUCAUCCCAACCUACUGCAAGCUACCCACCCGUGAUCCUUAAGAAGAAACCAGAAGGACAAGCAAACGCACCGAACAGUCCAGCUAGCACCUCUACUACAUCAACGACCCAGCAGAAUGCAGCGACGAAAUCGGCAGCGGAGAAAAACUCGAAACCUGCAGCGACUAACAGCAAGGCGGGGCAAUCUUCAAAGAAAGCGCCAUCAGUCACAGCAGGUGCCACGAGGGCAUUUGUAAAGCAUGCGGUUCAAUCUCAAGGAGUUACCGAAACCGCUCUGAGGCAAGCUUUGGAAGCGUUCGGAACCAUCACCGCCAUAGAGAUGGACAAGCGCAAAGGAUUUGCGUAUGUUGACUUUUUAGAUCACGCUGGACUCGCCAAGGCUGUGGCCGCAAGCCCUUUGGCUGUCGCACAGGGGUCGGUGCAAAUUCUGGAACGCAAGGACAAGAAGCUACCAACGGGUGUUCCUAGUACCGUUGCGGGUACCUCAACUGCCUCUGCGACAACGGACAAGGACAAGGCGAAGGACGGCGAAAAUCCCAAAGAAAAAGGAGAGACAAGACGGGGCCGUCGGGGUCGAGGCGGCAGAGGGAACAACGGUGGAGGUGCCUCCAAUUCACAGGCGGCUAAUGCGCCCGGUGCUCAGGCCGCCCCAAAGAACGCCUCACUGGCAGCAUCGGGAUGA